AUGGUGAAGCUUUUCUGUUGUAUUGUUGGUGUGGCGGGUAGCGCGUUCUCCGUGGAAGUAGACGAAGACAAAACCGUGGAUGACUUGAAGGAAGCGAUCAAGGCGAAGAAGGCCAACGACUUUAAAGAGGCUGAUGCAGACAAGCUGCAGCUCUUCCUGGCGAAGGCGGGGGGCAACGCAUGGCUGUCGAGCCUCACUGAAGAUGUGAAGAAGCUGAAGAAGGGCGAGAAGACUGCUCUCGUCAAAUCUCUAACGCAAGAAGAAAAGGAGCUGCAGGGAGAGGAUCCGCUUUCUGAGUGUCUGGAAGGCAUGGAUCCCCCGAAAGUGAAACAGAUUCACGUGCUGGUGGCGUUGCCUCCUGGGACAAGUAGUGCGCCUAUUUCUGAUGGGACGGACUUAUGGCUGUCGAGAUUUCAACAUAGUGAAGUUGCAAAACUUACGCUACUGCCGACACGCGGAGAUCUAAAUGAAUUUAUCGGACAACCUCUCCCUGUAAAGAUUGGGUUACCGCAGUCUGUGUUUCAAGCUUGGUCGAGUCCAUCGAUACUAGGCCAACUCCUUCGAGAUAAAUUGUUCGAGCUAAACGACAUUUCGCCGUGCGAAUUUUUAAAAGAUUCGGUGUUUAGCGCUGCGUUCCUGUACCCGCAGGUGGAUGGGGAUGCCACAGAGAGUGCAUUUCAUUAUUUCUGGGAUUCAAUUAUCCGUGUGGUGCUCGGGUUUGUGUUUAGGCGUGCUUACGUCAACCGGGAUUCGAGCAGGAAAUCCUCGUCAGGUUUGAAGCGACCCGACUUUUUGUUUGCUUUGGAUCAUAUCUGUGUUUUUCGUGGUGAGGAGAAAGAACCUCGUACUUCUAUCACUGUGCCUCGUGAGGAGCUCUCUAAAAAGCUGGUGUGGUCCUACGGUGGAGUGCCGUAUGUGUUUGGCUAUGCUGCGUCGGGCUUCGAGCUAGAAUUAUUUGCUAUCUAUCAAGACGUCACGGGCAACGUUAAAACCCACCUUAUUGGAGGGUUUAACUUGCAGCAUGCGCCGGAACGUUUUCGACUUGUACUGGCACUUCUGAAUUUGUGUCUGCUUUUCCCGGCAAUUGUGCAAAACUGUCCGGCCUCGGCAGGGACCGAGUUCAUAGACAUCCAUCGCGCCAAUGGCGUCAAGGUGCGGCUGAGUCCGAUUUUCGUCGAUAAGAACUUUCACACACAAGAAGAGUAUCGUCGCGUGAAGCGGAUCUACGAUUCUUUGAAAGCUUAUAGGAUUCCUUGUGCCGAUGCAGUUGUCACGGUGGAUUCAGACCAAUUGAGGUUGACACUUAAGCCCCGCGGCGUUGAGAUGAAGCCAUGCAGCUUGAGUGAACUGUUCGUCGCGCUCGGGAACGUUCUCGAGGCCCUUGUAGUCCUCCAUCGCAACGGGUGGAUGCACAGAGACAUCCGUUGGUCUAACGUGAUCAAGCAUAUCGACCGCGUUGAAUGGUUUUUGAUCGACUUCGCUGAUGCAGCUCAAAGUCCGCAGAAAUAUCCCAGCGGCGAUCACUUGACGCACGACGAACACGCUUCAGAUAUUUUUAUGGAAGGUGGAUCCCACACGACUGCGGUUGACUUAUGGGCCGUGGGAUACCUGGUGAAGACAAGUAAGAUUGAACGGGAAUGGACUGCGGAGCCCGAAAGAGCGCUUUUCCUGGAUCGGUUGAUGAACACAGACCCGAGUGCUCGGCCGACGGCAGACGAAGCCUUACAGCUUCUGUCACGUUUUGAACGUGAAGCUGCUGAGCAGGAUCACAGGGCAAGGGUGUGCGCAAGAAGCAAAGACGUGCGUGAAUUUUUGCAUCGCUAUGGCACUACCAUUACGCGCUGGGACGAAGUACUAUGGUACUAA